AUGGUGGUGUAUGCAGGGUUACGGGAAGUAUAUACCAGUGCACAUGUGCUAAUGGCUGGUCAGGAACCACGUGCAGUCAAGGUGGGCCGUGUAGUUCUAAUCCCUGUCAACACAGUGGAACCUGUGUGGCUACCACGAUCUCGUCUUAUAUGUGUACGUGCACUGCUCUAUAUAUUGGAACCAAUUGCGAGACUCAAUACAUUGAUAAAUCAUCUGUUGUAUGUAGACGAUAAUCCGUGUGCAGUCAAUCCAUGUGCGAAUGGCGGGACCUGCAUAAACAACAAUUAUAUUUCAUACACCUGCAUCUGUCUACCACAGUACGCCGGUGUGACAUGCGAGACAAGUCAGCCGUGUGCGAGUUACCCAUGCAUGAAUGGCGGUACAUGCACAGAAAUGCUUAAUGAGUACUUCAGCUGUGAAUGUCCCAUGUAUUACUCCGGCACGAGGUGCCAGAAUUAUGAUGAUCCCUGCCUUAAGAGAAGGAGGAGAGAAGUCACAUCUGAAUUUAUUAAUGAUAUUGCAUAUUCAUUAACUGAACAACAGUGUCACAGUGUCAUGAAACAGUGCCAAAUUAUAGUCAGUAAUCCUUGUGACAGUUCCCCGUGUAAUAAUGGUGGUACUUGUCUGGACACGUCACAGGGUUUCUAUUGCGUAUGUCCACAGGCUUACACAGGAGCCCAAUGUCAAACAUACGUGAGCCAGGACCCAUGUAUCACCAAUCCUUGUCAAAACGGAGCCACGUGUGUGCCAUAUCUGGGAACAUUCCAGUGCGUUUGUCCAUUCGGAUAUACUGGAAAUCGCUGCGAUCAAGAAAUCAAUCCGUGUGAAAGUCAACCGUGUCAAAAUUCUGGAACCUGUUCCAUUGUAGGGUUGAUUUAUCGAUGUCAGUGCGCAGUCGGCUGGAGUGGACCCAACUGCGAAACAUUGACUAAUCCAUGCACCAAUAAUCCCUGUCAACAUUCGGGAACUUGCAUCAGCGAUGGAACUACGUAUACAUGCCAAUGCUCUAAUGGAUGGACUGGAACAAACUGCCAAAUAACCAACCCAUGCAAUUCCAAUCCCUGUGAUAAUGGCGGAACUUGCACAAAUCAAGGAACUGACUACCAGUGUACAUGCGUCGAUGGCUUCACUGGCACAGACUGCAAAAUUAGGACAACAUGCAGUUUCAAUCCGUGUGAAAAUGGCGGUACAUGCACCAUUGGAGAUGACAAUGCCCUACUUUGCACAUGCGUAAUUGGUUACACCGGAAGCACGUGUGAUGAAGUGUCAUGUGGGUCGCGAAGCUGUGAAAACGGCGGAGUGUGCGUUUCUUCUGGUGGCAAGAGCUAUUGCGAUUGUACCAGUGGGUUCACCGGUGAUUUCUGCGAGAAUGAUAUCGACGACUGUCAAAGCAAUCCUUGUGAACAUGGAACAUGUGUCAAUCUAGUUGGUAGCUUUUCGUGUACAUGCGAGUCUGGUUAUGAAGGACCCACGUGCAACACAGUUUCAGACAUUGGAAUCGCUGAAAGUUCAACCACGGACACUAUGGAGCCAUGGCUGAUCGGCGUGAUAGUAAUUGCCGUUGCCGUGGCAGCACUUCUCCUCUUUCUCAUCUCCCUCGUCGUGUGCAUGCGCAGAGGUCCCUCGUCGAAACGGUUUGGUCAUCCGGGUCGCGACAAUUGGAAAAUGCGCAACUCCCUCUCUAACGAAUCCUACGACACCCACUCAGGCGACGGUGUGCACGUUGAACCGACAGAAGUUGCCACGAUAUCGAAAGGAAGGUCUUUAUCUAAUGGCAGUCCGCACCCACAGCACAAUUAUAAUGCCGGAUUUGAAGGGGAUAGUGGGACGAGCAGUAUUGACGUUGGCGGUCCAGUAUGAAUGUGUAUAAGCAUUGAAUGAAUUUGUAUUUUAAUUUUGUACAGUGUAUUUAUAGGGUGAUGAUUUAAGAUUUAUGACACACAUCGUGUAUUUUUUGUACAAUAAUUUUUAUAAAAAAAAUCAAGGUGCCACAGUUAGUAUUUAUAGUCUCUGCAUUGUUUAGAUUCAUCUGCGUAAAGCCUUGGCAUCUUUAUUUUUUUCUCUGCGAAACAGCAGAACUUUCUUUCACCUACUCGACUGACUAGGAAAGACGAGUGGAGCAUGGUUUUGAUGUUUAAACUUAUACCAAGUUAUUAUAUUUUUUCAUAUUUUCCUUCCAUCAAGAGUUUCUUCCAAAAUAUGCUAAAUUAAAUUCUAAAAUUCCACAACUGCACGAAACGUUUUUUUAUUUCAGUGUGCUGCAUUUUUUUAUAUUCCAGAAUUGACCAUUUCCCCCAGAGCAUUAUUGUUGCCAAUGUUUUAAAUAUUACAUUUUACUAUUAACUUGAUGAGACACAUAUUUUAAAAGGGUUCGGCAUCGAGCAGUUAUGUCAGCUGAUCACAUCCCAACAAUUUCCAAUAGUAUUUUCCGUUGUAUUUAUGUAAUUUCAAUCGAUAUUGUAGUAAUGUCAAAGUGAUGUGAAUUUGUAAGCAUUUCACAUUUUCUUAUUAUUCCAUCACGUAUGAUCGUCGACUUUUCUUUUUUGUGGUCACCUUGUUGCCAGUUUCUAUUACUUGCAAUAUUGUUAACAGUUACCCAGUUUUCUUUUCAAUUUUGCAUCGCAUAUAUGUAUCAUUUUUUUGAUGUGUGUUUCAGUGUGUGUUCUGCAAUAACAACUCGCUGAUUCGACAGUGUUGCUGAACUUAUUCGCGUCUAAAAACUUACUGAAGAUGUCAUUUUCUUUCUGACUUUUACUAACUUGAGCCGUCCUACGUAUCAUUUUAAAGAUAAGCUGUCAAACUGUUGAAUGUUUUUUUUCAAUAACACCAACAAGUUUUGAGAAUACUUAUUUUGAAACAAAUAGUGGCAAAUCGUAGAAUUUUAACAGAGUUGAAUUAAUUGUAAAUAAACUGGGGGUGAUUAUUAGAAUUCUUGACACUGGAUGACGCAGAGCUGCAUGCGAUUUUAAUUUUUUUAUGUGAUUGUAAUUUGUUUAAUUACUUGCAUGGUAAUAGAGACGUUAUUUCUCCAUUUUGUCAUGGAAAGUCGGAACUUCGAGUUGAAAGUGCGUGUGUCUAAUUUGACAGUUUGGAAAAAAGUUUAGAAAAUAGCCAAUUUAGAAAUAUUUCUCAAUAAAUAAAAUGUUUUUAAAACAAAUGAAAAGCUUUAUUAUAUUUUCGAUGAAUGGCAGCUAUUUUGAUUACAUGUAUAAAUGGAGGAAGUUUGGGUUAAAAUUGAAUUUAAUUCAAGAUCUAUAACACCUUUAUUACUGUCCACUUGUAAUGUCUAAGACCUUUUUUACAAACGGGGGGAAAAAACAAACAAGCAAAGAAGAGGUCAUUGACAUGUUUAGCAAAUUGUUUUUUUUUAUUUUGAUCGAUAUUCAAAGAUUUCAUCACGUAUGCACCUUGAUACAAAUGAGCUUCCAUGAUUUAAUUCUGUAUAAUAAUUCUUAUUUAAAUCGAUAAUAAAUUUGUGUCAGCUUUAUACA